UAACUAAAUCAUUGAUACUAAAUAUUAGAUAAUGAAUUAGAUAAUGAUACAGGAGCUUUAUUAUUAUGAGAUUUAUUUGUUGUUAGUCAAACAUAUUGUUGUUAUAAAAAGUAGCCUAGAUUUUAAAAUACUUGUAUACUAUCAUCAUCAUAGAUAAUUAUAUAACAUAACCUGUUAUUGUACACACUAGUUAGAAAACAUUUUUAAAUAAGAAUAAAAUAAAAGCAGAAAUGAAAGCCUGGAGAGAAUCAGCUAGUGUCAUUAUAGCUGCUAGAAAUGGCUUAAAAUAUAAUCAAAAAUAUGAUUAUGAUUUGCUUUUUCUCAAACGUCACGAAAAAGCAAAUUUUGCUGGUGCGUAUGUAUUUCCUGGUGGUGUGAUUGAAUCAGCUGAUGCUGAUAUAAAAUGGAAAAGGCUUUACAAAAAUUAUGGUUACGAUGACAACAGCUUCAAGACUUUGAUACCAAAUUCCAAAAACAGACCAAAGAUAUUUCACAGUAAUGACAAUGAACUGAUACGAGAGAUUUCAUUGCGAAUAAGUGCCAUACGAGAAACUUUUGAAGAAUGUGGAAUUUUGCUUUGUAACAACUGCUCUAAAUCUGCAUCUAGUUCUGAAAUAACUAGUUUCUAUGUUGCAAAUGAUGAAUUGACUUCUUGGCAAAAAAAAGUUCAUUCGGAUCCAAAUGAGUUUUAUAACAUGUGUGAAAAAUUAGAAUGCUAUCCAAAUUUAUGGGCUCUGCAUGAAUGGGCAAACUGGUUGACACCAACAUUUUUUCCAGCAUCGAGUCGUUUUGAUGCUGCUUUCUUUUUUACAUGUUUAUCAGAAAUUCCCAUCUCAAAACAUGAUGACGGAGAAAUAAAUGAAAUAGUAUGGGCUACACCAGGAGAUGCAACAAAACUGAAGAGAUCUUUGCCACCUCCUCAGCUGUAUGAACUGUCAACAAUAGCAAAAUAUAAAAGCGUUGAUAACUUAAUGCAGUUUGCUAUAGAAAGGGGGAAAAAAGGAGCUGAAUUAUAUUUGCCAUUCAUUUUUAUUCAUAGGUAAGAGUAAAUUUGAGCGAUGGAGCUGUGCACUUACUUCCAGGAGAUUCAAUGUAUCCCGAAAAAGUAGAAUUAUACAAGUUCCAAAUUUUGGAUAAGUCACCAUUGACCAUCGAAGAAUUCCGAAGUCAGUCACCACAAGUCCAUAACAGAACCGAGUUCACUUCCAAACUGUGAACCUAUAACCAAUGCGAUUAUUUUUAUUGACAAUUAUAUUACAAUGUAGCAUUCAGUAUACAACGUGACAAAUAUUUUUUGUACUAUCUUUACAAAGACUGAUUAAAACAAAAAAAUUAUGGAUA